CGAGGCGGGCACCGCGAGUUCCGGGCCGGGAGCGGGGCAACAGAGCGCUGCGCCUGAGUCAUGGAGAGCGGCGACGGCGGCGGCGGCGGUGCCUACGGAGCUGCCAAAGCGGGCGGCACGUUCGACCCGUGGCGCUUCUUGCAGCAGCCGCAGGUCAUCGCACGCAUUCUGAGUGCGAUUUUUGCACUCAUAGUUUUCUCCUGCAUCAUUGGUGAAGGCUACACCAACCAUUCUUCAUCCGACAAGCUGUUCUGCAUCUUCAACCACAGUGAGGAUGCUUGUCGUUACGGCAUUGGCAUCGGAGUUAUUGCCUUCCUGGCUUGUGUAUUCUUCUUGAUGGUGGAUAUCUACUUCCCACAGAUUAGCAAUGCCACUGAUCGCAAGUACCUCGUUAUGGCCGACCUGGGCUUUUCAGCUCUCUGGGCCUUUCUGUGGUUUAUUGGGUUCUGCGUGCUGACAAACCAGUGGGCAUCAACACCGCCCAAAGAUGUAUCGAUUGGAGCCGACUCUGCCCGUGCUUCAAUUGCCUUCAGCUUUUUCUCCAUCUUCUCAUGGGGGCUCCUGAUCACCUUUGCACUUCAGCGCUACCGCAUGGGGGUGCAAGAUUUUGACCACAGCUACAUUGACCCAGCUCCAGGUCCUGUGCCCCCCUACUCAAGCUACCCCAAUGUUGGUCAUGACAGCUACCAGCAGCCACCCUUCACUCCUCGCACCGGAGAGGACUCUGAAGGCUAUCAGCCUCCGCCUGUGUACUGAUUGCUACUAGCACUGUUUAAAGCAGCUCAUGGGGAAUAGCCACCUAAGUGCAAUUGAUUCACUUGCUUGGGUUGGGGAAAGGCAUCUACUGUGAAGAGUAAGAAUGCCACAGCUUAACUUUUGUGUGUGUGCGUGUAUUGGGUUCUGGGGUAUCCUUGCUGUUUUCUACCCUUGCAGAAAAUACUUCGCUCCCCCCUCAGGGGUGCGAGAGGCUUUCUUUCUGGCCUGUGUGUGACGUGCAAGGCAUAAUAGUUGCCAAAAAAAAAUAUGCAGAGGAUAUUCAGCUAACUCUAUAACAGGAGCUAGAGAUUCCAUCCAGCAGUAAGGGAAGCGCCCUGUUACGUUGCUUCCUACUGCAGUUAUUGUAGUGGGACCCUUGCUGCUGGCCAAAAUACUUUGUGCCUUUUUCUGCAGAUGCUGUUACAUCCUUGACUCAUACCAGCCACUGAGUGGGGUGCGGGGUUAGUUCCCAUGGCUCCUAUGGUGCUGCCUUUCUAGAUAGGAUAGUGCAGAUGCAGUGCUUUCCUUACGGCUUUUCACUUGCUGCUGGAUGGACCUGAUGCCAAAGCUUAGGCCUAAAGGCCCCCUCAUUUCUUUUCUUUUUAAAAAAAUAACAAUUUGUAUAUAAAGUGCUGGACUGAGCAAUGUUGAAUUUU